AUGACAUUUAUGUAUGAAACGAAUACCAGUGUUCGUUUGUACGACAUAACUCAGAUGUCCAUCAAUGACAACUGAUGAUAACUCGUCCAUACGUCAUCAUCACACGGACAUCAACUGGACAGUCACUGUAUGGGGAGUUCCCGACUGGUCAAUCGUGUCCGGCCGGUGGACUCUAGCGUGGCUCAGUUACGUAUACGUUUUCUGUAUGGUCUAUCUCAUCAUUCUAGGGUUCGACCUUGUCCUGUACGCAAAGUUCCUGCGUCGUCUUACAAGGCAGCGCCUGCUCCAUACACUGUUGUGGUAUGUCACUGUGUGUAAUAUACUCCUGUUCGCCUUCCAUGUGGUGGAUCCGUACGGUUAUUACGGCAGAAUACCCCAAAUAGUCACCCGUGUUGUGUGGAAACUUCCGUAUCCGGUUUUAUCAGGAACAUUCUGUCUGUUACAGAUGGUGAUAAUGAAACUAACGAGACUCGAUAUCCCUUCCAUCCAACUCAAUGGUUACUGUUUCCUGAUGUUGGCUACCGGUAUCUACACAGCGGAGAUCGUAACAAUAGAAACACUCAUUUGUCUAUCGACCAUACCUGCUAAAUUGUCGUUUAUAACGGACGCUAUCUAUGUAGUUUAUGCUGUUUAUCUAAGUUGUUGUUUCAUAUACGGAGCGCCUAAAAUAGCUCGAUAUGCUAAGGAGGCCCAGCGAGCCAAGAAAGAAUUAAGUAAUCAUAGCCUGGCCAAAAUUGAUAAGAAGAUAUCCGAGGAAAGACGGAAUAAACCUAGAAUUAAUUAUCCACGGAUACGGACAAAUCAGUCAGGAAAUCGAAUUUCGUUGUUAAGUGAUUAUUCGUCAGGAUCGGAUAGCAAACAUGAAUCAUCUUUCAUUGAAAAGAAAAUGGCGAUAAGACGUGAAAAGACGGCUGCAUUUGCUGCUUGGUAUAAAAAUACAUUUUCACGAGACCGACCAAAUUAUGAUAAACGUUCUUGGAAGUCUCAGAAAAACAUGUUUUGUCACGAUAAAGUAAAAAUAAAAACGUAUAAUUCCUCUGGAUCAUUGGACGGGAGUAUGACACUACAAGACUAUAGCUCCAUGAACGACGAAAGUGCUAAUGAAAGGUCAACUUUUACAAUUCCCCAUUCCUCUUCUUACGAUCUAAUAGCAAACACGCAAGUCACUACAAAAACGUCAUUCCGAAAUAGAGCGUGCAGAGAGCGUCAUUCUAACGGGGAUGUGAGAAAACAAUCAAGAGAAGCUCCAAACGACGAUGGUGUUAAUGUGCCGAUAUUAUUAAACCCAUCCAUAUUAAUGACCAACGAAACAAAAAUAUUUGAAAGUGGUUAUGUCGCAGACAUUGAACGUGUUAGUUUAUACUCAGAGGACGACGAACAACAAAAGUGUAGGGCAAAUAGGCGACGUCGGAAACAUGAGGAAUACGUUCCGGAAGUGACGUUACCGAAUUCAUCAUCAUUUUUGAGCUUUCAGCGAUUACGACAAGGACGAAUGCUAAACGAGCUCGUCCGCUAUACCUACGUACUAACUGCCUUCGUCAUGCUGAGCUGUAUUGGAAGCGUGUACGCCAUACUCAAUUUGACCAGUCGAGGUAUUCAAAAUUCUCCGGCAGCCCAUCCAGUGUCUUGGUUAAUCAUCAAUUUCUUUCAAAGGUUUGUAGAAGCCAUGAUACUACUGAUUUGUUCAGCCGCUGUUCAUACGUCUGUAUCCUUCAAGUCACAUAAGACGAAGAGGAAACGAGUAAAAAAGGUUCACGACAGUUGUUCUGGUUGUGAAAACUACUAAAUACUUCUGCCAUCUUCCAUGAAACGUAUUUACGAUAGAAGUAUGUUGACAGGAGGGUGAACAUCGUCAUUAUAAUAACAUUGUAUUACGUUCUUUCGUCUCGCGAGAUGUCUUAGUUCCAGUUCCCCUACCGAGUGUAUUCAGUGUUCAAUUAUUUACCUUUCAUGUAUACAGAAAGUAACCGUAUUCUAAACUCGUCCCGAUUUUGUUUUCACGUUUGAACCUUUGUGUAACGAAUAUAGCACCCUUAUUAUUAUCCAUCGUUUCAAUUAACCUUCGUUUCGUUCUUUAAAGGAUAACAGAAAUAACAGACGACACAGAUUUUCAAAACCUUUUAAUGACUUGUGAAGCAAUUUCUAUCGACAGUAAUAUAUAUUUCGCUUUAUAUGUAUCGCAACAAUAAUUUUAUUUUACAACAUUUUUUAUGGAAAUAAGUAAUUCCAUGGUCGUCUUAUUUAUUAUGCUGGAAAAGCGCGUGAAAAAUAGUUUUACUAGUCAUCCAAUCCUUACGCAUCCUCGUGGGGGAUAAGAAUCGCACUCUGUCUGCCCAUGUGAACGACAUCAAUCUUAAAUAAAAUUUACCUUAUAUACAUGUAUACAUAUGUUUACAAAUAAAGUGGAAUAGUCUUUGUCAAGAACUCGA